AUGAAGACAGUUUUGUGUUGGGCUGAACACCUUUUUGCUGGCCUUUUGUGUCUCUUCGAAAACGAGAUCAUUCAUCGGGAUAUCAAACCGAGAAACGUGCUGGUUACGAAAGAUUUUGUGCUGAAACUCGGAGAUUUUGGUUGUAUGAAAGACUUGAAUGCGACUAAGCCUCUAAAUGAAGCCAAAACUCUUCGAUACGCGAGCCCUGAAGCUCUCGGCUUUUUCGAUGGAAAUCAUAUGGUU